ACAGACUUUUGCAAGCAUCUAAUGUACACUAAUUGUAAAGGAAAAUCAGUCGCGUCCUUAUUAAUCAUACUUAAUGAACGUUAUCGUUCCUCGAUGCCACGAGCAAGAGGCAAUAAAUUAGACAUGUGAAUACUAAUUAUACUGAUGGACAUGACCGUCUCAACUGCGUGCGCGAUUAUUCCGCAGUGAAAAAUCCGCGAUGACAAACGACAAUGAACAUCACGAUAUGUGAGGCGUCACGAGAUUAAUGACAUCCCUGUCGUUUGAGUAUAAAUUCCACCCGGAAGUAACACGGGAUAACGCCAAUGGUAGUAUAUAAGUCAAACAGUAUCGCGGAUUUCGCCGUGAUAAUCGUACGUGAAAAUACGCCAAACUACGUAUGAUUCCGCGUUUAACGGAUUAUCGCUCGCGCUCGGAAACGUGCGUUGUUUGCAUAAUAACGCGAGCGACGCAGUUACGAUACGAUCGUACGGAAAGAUGACUUUUUUUUUUUACAUCCACAAAUUUGGUUUUCUCAUGAGCUGAUCGUGUUCUGCAAAGUAAACUCUGAGACACGGUUUGAAGACAUUGAAAUGAUGUGCAAGCAUCAUUCGCGUCAGACAAGAUCGUUACGGUCGGUGAGCACCUCGAAUGCAUGUAUUCGGGUGCAUUCGGUACGAAGGACGAGCAGAAUGCUUGGCGAAACAGACGCUAAUUGAACAAUAGUUACUGCGGUUUUGACUCCCCUACGAUUUAUCCAAGCGAAACGUUUAACGUUAACUGCGGGAGUAUUCGACGAUAUGAGCGAUUGAUGAAUUCUGACUUAUCAACGUAAUGUGGAGUGUAAUCAUACAGAUAAUAACAAUGUUGACCUAAAAAAGUAUCAACAAUUCGUCUGUUUUAACAUGUUUAAUCACGUAAUUUCGAAACGUUUCGUGAGUGUAUAUUUUAUAAAAUGUACUCAUAAGUUACACUCAUAAGUUACAUCAUUGAGGAGAGAAAUGCGUCGAGAUUGCAUACGACACGACGUAGCUCGCGCCGUAUCGCGAGAAGAAUUUUUUAGAUCAGUGAGACAGUUGUUCGCAAUGAGUAAACUGCUCCUAAAGCAACUGCUUUUUACGCUGUGUCUCGUGGUCAUCUUGGUACCUGUCGGAGUUAUUGGAACCUUGGAAAGUGGCGCAACCGAAGAAAGUGUCCAUAAAAAGCCGCAUAUCAUUAUUAUCUUGGCAGAUGACUUGGGCUGGAACGACGUGAGCUUUCAUGGUUCCAACCAGAUCCCGACGCCGAAUAUCGACGCUCUCGCAUAUUACGGAGUCCUUUUGAAGAAUCAUUAUGUGGCAGCGUUGUGCACGCCAAGUAGAGCAGCUUUGUUAACUGGAAAGUACCCAAUCCACCUGGGUAUGCAACAUGAAGCUAUAUUUCCGUCGGAACCACGUGGACUCCCACUAGAAGAGAAGUUACUGCCGCAGUAUCUAAAGGAUAUGAAUUACGUAACACAUAUAGUGGGUAAAUGGCACUUGGGUUAUUACAAAAUGGAGUACACACCGCUUUACCGUGGUUUCGACACGCACUUUGGUUACUGGAAUGGUCUCCAGGAUUACUAUAGUCACAAAACAGCGGAACCAUAUACGCUGAAUAUAGGUAUGGACAUGAGGCGGAAUUUCACGGUCGCGUGGGACACAAUGGGCAAAUAUUCCGUUGAUCUCUACACUGACGAAGCAGUACGCUUAAUUAAUACUCACAAUACCGAUAACCCAAUGUUCUUAUAUCUGGCUCAAAUUGCCCCUCACGCAGGAAAUGCGAAUCAAUUACCACAAGCUCUCCCUGAAGAAAUCGAAAAGUUCUCCUACAUCAUUGAUCCAAAAAGAAAGCGUUACGCUGCCGUGGUUUCUAAAUUGGAUGAGAGCGUCGGCAAAGUUGUGGAAGCCUUGAAAAAUCGCAACAUGUUGAGUAACAGUAUCAUUCUCUUUAUGUCUGAUAACGGUGCACCUACCUCUGGUUUCCUGUCCAAUGGCGGCAGUAAUUAUCCUUUUCGAGGAAUAAAAAAGACUCUUUGGGAAGGCGGCGUGCGAGGAGCAGCUGCAAUUUGGAGCCCUUUAAUCAAGAAACGUGAGCGAGUCUCGUACCACUUAAUGCACGUAACCGAUUGGUUGCCCACUUUGUUAUCCGCCGCCGGUGGAAACAAGGAAGAAAUUGGCACUAUUGAUGGCUUGGACAUGUGGGAAACAAUCGUAUACGGUGAUUGCAGCCCGAGGAAAGAGGUGUUGAUAAACAUCGACGAUAUUUGCGACUCUGAAGCCAUUCGUAUAGGCAAAUACAAGUACGUGCGCGGUGAAAGUAAAAAGAAUAACGACUGGGUAGGAGACAGCGGGAGAAAUUCCUCCGAGCAACGACCACCGUAUUCGCCUGAGACAGUGCUGAACAGCAAAGUGGGAAUUGCCAUUGCCUCAUUGCCUGGUAACAAUAAUGUCGCACUUACUUCUGCGAAGAUGCUGGAAUUAAGGCAACAAGCGGAAGUCCACUGCAACGUUACGGAAGAGGAGAAGGUUCAAUGCGACACACAGUUAGCGCCGUGUCUCUUCGAUCUGGAAAGAGACCCUUGCGAGAUGAUAAACAUCAUCAAACAGGAACCUUUGGUCGCGAAGGAAUUACAGGAAGUUCUGUUGCAACAUAGGUCAACUAUGCUGCUACCGAACAACAGGAUUAUCGAUGUGAGGGCGAGUCCGAUAUUGUGGAACUGCACGUGGGUCUGCUGGAUGGACGAUAAUCCCAUGGCGUACGCGCACACGAACGAAAUUGCUGCUGACGCAUAUUUGGAUACGCAUGCCGCGAUCUAGUUCUGAGCUUUCGCGCUCUUAGCCGUCGCACUGUUCUCUUUGUACACGUUGCACAAGUUGAAAAAAUCAGGUUUGCACAAUCACAAGCAGCCCUGCUCGCGGAGAACAAUUGUAGAUAAAAAAAAAAAAACGACGCAUUGGUAGAGGGUAACGCUCUUAUGCUAAAGAAUAAAUCUCUCUGCACGAAUUAAUUCCGCUAAUACGAACGAGAGUGCACACGGAGUUGGUUUUGUUACUAUCUCGGAAUUAUAACGACCGGUGCAAUCCUGUAGUUCGCAGAUAGAAAAAUAUUAUUACUAUUCUUAUUUUAUCUUAUUAUUUCUAUUGUACAUUCUUACUCUCAUUGUCUCUCCUUUCUUUUUUACUUUUUUACGAACUAUGAAGUAGCGUAGCAUAUCAUGUAAUUACUGGGGCGUUAAUAUCACCGACUUUUCAUGAUAAGUAAGUCUAGAUUGCUGACAAUCUAAAUAGUCCUACAAUCACAGCGAUAUAAAUGUUUGUAGAUCCACUGUGUAGAUCACGAGUAGUCUCACGCAGGAAUGUGUUUAGAAAUGCGCAUUUGUCUGGGACAAAUUCGCAAUUCCAUCGGAAGCUGUUUCGCUGAUUCCAAGUAUCGUGUGUCAGACGAGUCGGUCAGACGGAGAAUGAUGGAACUUGAGUAAAGCAUUUCCUUGCCAUUUUAUCUCUUUAUUUAUGCUUCUCUUUCUUUCUCUGUACAAAAUUUUUUUAUGGAAAUAGAACAAUCGAAUAAUUUACGAUUACCGCGGAUUAUACCUCUGGGUUACUCAUGAUUCGUCUUGCACGGCUUCCCUUGGAUG